AUGGUCAAACAACUAGACGAUUUUAUUCCGCUUUUUGUUGCAGGAUGCUUCUAUAUAAUUGUUUUCAUUCUUGGUCAAGUUUCUCGUCAUCUGGUAAGAAAAUAUCUAGAUCCAGGAAGCUCGCUACAGCGGUUUUUAAUCGAAGCUAUAACUACCGCCCAAAUGUGCACUUGUGUAUAUGAGAACGCUGUCAUCAUUCGCAACUACGGGCCGUGGGGAUUCUUUUUUGUUGUUUCUACGAUUCUAAUAGCAGGAGCAAAUGUCAAUCGCGGUGGUUAUGUUUCUCCAUUGGCUCCUAUAGAACUUUUCUUUAAAGGAGCUAUCUCAUCUCAAGGCUUGGUUGAAAUUAUACUUGGUCAAGCGGUCGGCGGUUAUUUGGCGUUCCGUAUUGCAAGGAAUUUAUGGUACUCUACAUCAGUGUUAACUUUGGAACAUUCAAUAAACUACGAAAAUACAAAAUGCGCAUUUGUUUAUAAGGUGCCAUUCACGGUGGCGUUUGCUUUUGAAUUCGUUGGUUGCUUUUUACUGCGCCUACUGCUGGCCCGAAUUCCUCCUCGUUUCAAGACAUAUUUUGGACCUGUCAUUACUGCUUCUUUUCUGGCCUUCUCACUUGCUUUCAUUGGUGUAGUGGGUUUGAAUCCGACAGUGGCUGCAUCUCGAAUGUACGGUUGCGACGGGCUGAAUACUUUGUGGUUCAUAGUAACGUACUGGGUUUGUCCGCUUCUGGGUUGGAUGACUGGUGCAGCUUUUGACUCGGUUGCACUUACCAAUGCUAUUAGAUCUUCCGAAAAACGAGAUUAA